CAACCGAAAUGAGAACUUCAACUGUUAAAAUGAAUUAUUUUGUGCGAUCUUCACUAAUUGCAAUAAUUGCAAUAAACUUUUGUUCAAUCAAAGGUUAUAUUCGUAGCAACAGUAAUGUGACAUAUAACGGUCUUGGAGUUGAUGGGACUCUUCUACAAUUUGAGCAGUUUCAUUCCCAGUCCUUUGUGCCGAAUGCAUUGCAUAUUUCAUAUCGCGUCGAAAACGGUAUUGGCAUUUAUUAUAACAUCUCAGCGUUUCAGUCCUUUCCAGGAAAAAUACUUUUCAACAUAUUUAUACGCAAAGUGCCCACUAAUGUUAAUGGAAGAACAGUAAAUGUAAUGAAACGUAAAAACUUAGAUUUUUGCAAAAUCAUAGAAAUGGUGCAUAACUUCACUAAAGAGCCGCCAAUCCAAAAUACGUUCCUUAUUUCAUGUCCACUUCAAAGCGGUUUUUAUUACAUCACAAACGGCACGGUUAGAAUGGAAACCAUACCGUUAACUUUUGCGCAUGGUCUAUACUGGGCGCAGAUCGAACUAGUUCAAGUGUUUGGAGAGGUUACUAAAUUAAUGAAUGUGAAAGCGAAGUGUCGAUAUGAGCUAGCAUCAAGUAUUGCAUGAGAUGAAUUUUCAGCUUUAACAAACGACCACAGCGACAAAUUGCUGAGUUCACAGCAAAGCGUGAGUCGAAAUAUUUUUGAAAAUUAUUUUGCAUACAUUACGGAAGACAUAAAGUCAUCAAAGUUUUGUAUAAAUACAAUAUGUAAAUGCAUUCAUAAAUAUGUACAUACGUACAUAAAUAAAAAACAUAAAACGAUGAAUCGCUAAACAAUAAG